AUGUUGUCCUCCAACGUUAUUCGUGCGCUUGCACUCUUUAUUGCUGCUGCAAACGCAAGCCCUUGUCGCCCAACAACGACUGCACCAGGCAUCACUACCGAAGUUACUUCAACUGCAACUGUCAUUGAAAGCACCACCGAUAUCUCAUCUACUGUUGUUGAGAGCGCUACAGAGACUGAGACAACCGAUAUUCCCACCACUACCGUCGUUAUCAUUGGGGAGCCUACUACUACCACUGCCAUCGUCGAGGAAUCUACCACCACCACGGCUGCUUCUGAAGAGCCUACCACUACCACCGCUGUCAUCGAAGGAACUACCACUACCGAGGCCGCAAUCACCACCACCACUGCCGCCAGGACUGGGGGCACGCAAUGUAGUUCAAGUGACGACUGUUUUUUCGGCGGCCCUAGCUUUUGUAUGGACGGGUUGUUGAAUGUCUGCGUUUGCCUCAACAACAGGUGCAUUAGAGCGGAAUGA